AUUGCUGAAAUGGAUCCAACAGACCACUUAGCAGAGCUCAAUAUAACGUCGGAAAAAGCUGAAGAGCUUCAAAAAAUUAGAGCGACAUUGCCAACAUUCACAUCCACAUCUUCGGUUGAAAGUGAAUUAGCUAAGCUGCCUACGGAAGGACCUUUCAGAGCAUUUGUUUACAAUGUAUCGUUUGCAGCUAAAAAAGACGAGGUCAUAGAAUUUUUCUCCCCACUCAAGGUCACAGAUGUUAAUAUUGUUGUUAAAGACGGUGAACCCCGUGGUUUCUGUUUUGUUGACUUUGCAAGUCGAGAAGAUCUGGCAAAAGCUCUUGAACGCUCUGAUUCAUAUCUGGCUGGUCGACAAGUCAACGUUCGCAUUGCUGCUCCCAACAAUUCUGAACGAGGUGCUUUUGGACGAGAGAAGAAUUUCCAUUCUGGAAUGCGUCGUAGUGAAAUGCCUUUCGAGCGCCAGCGAGGUGGCUACAAACCUGCCGCUCUUCGGGAUGAUGGUGAAGAUGCGGAAUCGAUUUGGAAAAGAGGAUUUGUCAGUCGUACAAGUACUUUUGGAUCAUCUGGAUUUCAAAAUCAUUCACCUUUUGAGUCUAGCUUUAAACCUGCAGCAACAACAACAACGAUAGGAGAGCGACCAAAACUUAAUUUACUUCCUCGUUCUACACCACGAAGUACAAAUGAACAGCUAUCUGAACGACAUUCAAAAAUAUUUGGUGAAGCUCGACCAGUAGAUACAGCUAGUAAAAACCGUGAAGUUGAACAACGACUAGCAUCGACUGAUCAAACUAGUGUCUUUUCUACAAAUCAUUAACUCCCUGUCUCUCUCUCUCUCUCUCUGUAUUUUAAUGUUCUGCAUACAUUAAUUUUUAAGAAUUUUUAGAAAAUAUUAUGUAUCACAACCCAGGAUGAUGGAUGAUGAUAUAUUAUUUCAUUUUUUUUGCUGUUUAUAUCAACUCUUACAAAAUUGUGAAUGCAACUUAGGAUUACUGUUAUAACGAUGUACUACUACUACUGUAAAGCUGUAUCGUAAAGUUUCCUCUAUAUUUUUCAUUAUUUUAUCGUUAUUCCUUUUUUCUUUUUUUUUUCACUGGUUUCGGCUUUGUUCCUUGUACUAAUAUGGAGAUAAUCACAAUACUUCAUGUACAGGUAUCACAGAGAAAUUAGCUCUUGUAGUAGUAGUUGACACUUAAAUUUCCAUGAAUAUCAAGUGCUUGCAUAACACAAUGAUCAUGCCUUUGUGUUUUUUUUUCUCUUCUGAUAAUAAUUAAUUAGGAUUUGAUUACAGAUAA